AGAGGGCCCCAGAGGUACCAUGGCUGCUCUUGGCAUUACCCUGGCACUGCUGGUGUGGCUGGUCACCCUCCUGUUCAUAUCCAUCUGGAAGCAGAUCCACAGCAGCUGGAACCUGCCCCCAGGACCUUUCCCACUCCCCAUCAUUGGGAAUGUUCUCCAGGUGGACUUGAAGGAUAUUCCCAAAUCUUUUGCCAGGCUGGCGGAGCGCUUUGGGCCUGUGUUCACACUGUACUUGGGCACGCGGCGCGUGGUGGUCCUGUAUGGCUACAAGGCUGUGAAGGAGGUGCUGCUGAACCGCAAGAACGAGUUCUCCGGCCGAGGGAAGAUUCCUGCAUUCCACCUGUAUGAGCAAAAGGGAAUUAUUUUCAAUAAUGGACCCACCUGGAAGGACAUUCGGCGGUUCUCCCUGACCACCCUCCGGGAUUACGGGAUGGGAAAACAGGGCAAUGAGGAACGGAUCCAGAGGGAGGCCCACUUCCUGCUGGAGGAGCUCAGGAAGACUCGGGGCCAGCCCUUCGACCCCACCUUCCUUGUGGGCUGCGCACCCUUCAACGUCAUAGCGCAUAUCCUGUUCAACAGGCGUUUCAACUACGACGACAAGAAGUGCCUGCGGCUCAUGAGCAUGUUUAAUGCUAACUUCUACCUGCUUAGUACUCCUUGGCUGCAGCUUUACAAUAAUUUUUCGGACUACUUACACUAUCUACCUGGAAGCCAUAGAAAAGUCAUAGCAAACGCGUCUGAAAUAAAAGCGUACACACUUGAAAUGGCCAAGGAGCACCUCCAGUCACUAGACCCCAGCUCUCCCCGGGACUUCACCGACUGCAUGCUCAUGGAAAUGGAGAAGCACAGUGGAGAGUCUGGGUACACUCUGGAAAACGUUGCUGUGACCUUGGCUGACCUGUUCUUUGCGGGGACGGAGACCACCAGCACCACCCUAAGAUAUGGGCUCCUGAUUCUCAUGAAAUACCCAGAGAUUGAAGAGAAACUUCAUAAGGAAAUUGAUAGGGUGAUUGGGCCAAGCCGCAUCCCUGCUGUCAAGGACAGGCUGGAGAUGCCCUACAUGGAUGCUGUGGUGCAUGAGAUUCAGCGGUUUAUUGACCUUAUACCUUCCAACCUGCCCCACGAAGCAACGCAGGACACCAUGUUGCAAGGAUAUGUCAUCCCCAAGGGCACUGUUGUGAUUCCGACUCUGGACUCCCUUCUGUAUGAUGACCAAGAAUUCCCAGAUCCUGAGCAGUUUAAGCCAGAGCACUUUCUGGAUGGAAAUGGGAAGUUCAAGUACAGUGACUAUUUCAAACCUUUUUCUGCAGGAAAACGAGUGUGUGUUGGAGAAGGCCUGGCCCGCAUGGAACUGUUUCUGCUCCUGUCCACCAUUCUGCAGCAUUUCAAUCUGAAGUCUCUUGUUGACCCGAAAGAUAUUGAUCUUAGUCCCAUUGCAAUUGGCUUUGGCAGAGUCCCACCUCACUACAAACUCUGUGUCAUCCCCCGCUCAUAAGUGUAAGAAAACACCCUGGACACCUCUGUCCCCAAGUGCAGCCUCUGAGAGUUCCUCAGUGCUCAGGAAGUUGCUCCCCCAGUCAGGAGGCAGGUGGCCCCCCAGAGUGAGUUCCACCAGAGCUGAUGUUUCCAGUCAGUCUUCAGACAGUGCAAAGCAAAGUCCAGUGAAGAUGUGGUCAACCUAAACCAACAGGCGGUUGAGGCUGUGCUGUGGUCCUAGACACAGUGCUUUUUGAGACUUCUGAAAAGGCAGAGCUAUACUGUUACCAGUCAACACUUACCCGGAAAGACUGGUGUGAAAUGAGGACACUAGUUUGGAACAGGGAGAGGCAAGGACAUUUUGCCAGGAUUUAUUGGUCUGGACAAAAGGCUCUUUCCAUCUUGCUUCAAGAUGGAAAGUUUUUCCUUUUACCUCAUUGUGAGCAUCAAUUUGUCCUUUGUAUGAAAUAAGUAUGAAAAGUCAACAGGGCCACCCAUUAUUAUUUCUUACUAUUUGUCAUUGCAUGGAACAAAACAAAACUGAGUGGUGGUGUGAAAGGAGCAGCAGAUCCGCCCUUUGCCUUCCAUACCUGCAACCCACCCUGAGCCUGAGCUUUCCUUCCAUUGGGGUGGCACAGCCCUUCCCAGGCUGCACACUUCCCGAGGCACUGUGUACUCUGUGAGUGUCUUCAAUAAAAUGAGCCAACUUCUGAGCCA